AUGGCUCUCCCGCCGGAGGACAGACCGCCGGGCGCGGUCAAGCAGACACUCUACGACGAUGACCCGCCUUCACAGCAGAACCCGGCAUCUCUGGCGAAUGGCCCGUCCAAUCUAUCCCUGAGGCCACACGACGACUCUGCCUUGGCCCACUCCCACUCACCGCAAGAUCGCUCAAGGCAAUCCCACGACCGGUCGCGGCCCUCUGUCGAAGCUAGCAAAGAGCGCGGGAGUGAGAAGAGAUCAAAGUCCAACGGUCGGCGCCCAAGUGGACAGCAGCGAGUGUGUGGGAAAUGUGGUAAACACUUGACGGGCCAGUUUGUGCGCGCAUUGGGAGAUACAUACCAUCUGGAAUGCUUCACGUGUCAUGUAAGUAUUGGCGCACAGGAGGAUUUUUGCUCUUCGAUAGGGACAAGCUGACAAGUCCCAGGAUUGUGGUAAGAUUGUUGCCUCCAAGUUCUUCCCUGUGCCAGAGCAGCCUCCGAACCAGUACCCCCUGUGCGAGACCGACUACUUCAGACGACUCGACCUGCUAUGUUAUGCAUGCGGCGGAGCGCUUCGUGGCUCGUACAUCACGGCACUGGACCGCAAAUACCACAUCGAGCACUUCACAUGCUCCGUUUGUCCGACCGUCUUUGGCGCCCAGGACUCAUAUUAUGAGCACGAAGGCAACGUGUAUUGCCACUAUCACUACUCCACCAAAUUCGCGCAGAAAUGUAACGGAUGCCAGACUGCGAUUUUGAAGCAGUUCGUCGAAAUCUUCCGGAAUGGCGUCAACCAGCAUUGGCACCCAGAGUGUUACAUGAUCCACAAAUACUGGAACGUGCGGCUACACGCUCCUCCACCCUCUGGUUCUGAGGAGGAGGCGGAAUGGGAGCGACAGAGGCAGGAGAACGAAGCCAGCGAGGGAGAUGCAAGUGAGGAGCAACGAAAAGUGGUCCGCAACGAGGAGGAAGCCGUGGAAUACAAGGUUCACUGGAUAUGGCAUACGCUCUCGACUUUCGAAGAGCGCUCAGCCACUUGCAUCUCGGACAUGUUGCUGCAUGUUAGUAACGGAGCGUACAUGGAUGGAGUGAUGGCCGCAAAGAAGUUCAUAAUCCACGUUGACUUGCUCUUCGGCGCUGCGGAUGAUCUGGACCAUCGAUUGCAGGUGCGACCCAACAAAAAGGAUGAAAGGGGCGUCCGCACUUUCGAGGCAAUCGUGCAUCCUGGGCUGAGCUACAGCAGAGAGGCCAAGCUUUUGUGCAAGAAAGUCGUCGCUUUUUUCCAGCUUCUGGCAGAAAAUCAAGACAACGGCGUCCGGCGAUUGGGCGUCACCCAGGAACUGCUGUCACUCGUCACUGGCCUGGCACAUUAUCUGAAGCUGAUGAUCCGGAUCUGCCUUUCUGGAGCUUUGAAACUGGAGAGAGAGACCUCUAGCGCCGAAGGACUCGAGAACUUCCUAGGAGAUAUCGGCAAAUUGGAUGAUAGGCUCGAGUCUGAGAGUCAACGCGACUCCAGGGCUGAUGCAGCUAUGUAUGUGGACAAGAGCGCCGACACGUGCAUUGUCUGUAACAAGGCCGUAGAAGACAAGUGCUUCCGCCGAGACAACCGAGUGCUUCACACGCAGUGUCUGAGCUGCGCCAAGUGUGGGAGAGAUUUCAGCGACGAUGCAGGCGAUGCGCGAUGGAGCGAGAUCUCGCAGCGAGUCUUAUGCGACCAUCAUGCGCCAUCAGAUGCAAGAGCUGGAGGAUUCGUCCCGGUUUCCAGGUUACAGCAAUACGUGCAUCUUUUGCGAGUAGCACAUGCCCGGUUGCUUGCCACUCUUAGGACGAGUGGAGCGCUGCCGCACACCAGUGACGAUCCGAACCUGAGUGGGUACGAUUCGCGAGAAGGGCACACGCCUUCGCAAAGCACUGAACAGCCCGGUCUACUCCGCUCGAAUACACGAUCAAGGUCGUACGCUGGAAGAUCUGGGUCCCAAAGACAUCAGGGCGAGCCGAGUUAUGAAGAUACCAUGGGCGACAUCCGGCGAUUGCGGAGCACUAGAAUGGACAAGCACCUUUCUAAUGCAACUCGAAAAGCUCGAACGUCCAGGAUCAUUGACGGGCCUGAAGGCAUGCGACCUGGUUCUGCAGAUGGCGACAAAAGCCGGCGGCGAACAGGUACAUUUCAGAUUGUGGAAGACCGGGAAGGAAACGGAGAAUCCGUCAGCCAACUGGCGUUUGGCAGAAAUGAUGCGAUGACACUGGACGACAUUCCCCGAAUAGUUCAGGCGCAGCAAACUCGAGAGCAGAGACCGAAUGCCUCAAGGUACGCCAGGCAGCCGAUGAUACCUCAGGAACCAAAGCCACGACUGGUCAACGGCCACACACGAGAUUUCUCCAGCGAGUGCAUUGACAAGCCGGAGACAAGGCCUCCUGGCACCAAGAAAUACUUUUCUGAGUUGACCGCCUUGGAAUAUUUCAUCGUGAGGCACAUUGCCGUGCUUUACAUGGAGCCCCUUCUCGAAGGUCAUUUCAACCAGGAGGAGCUGCUUGAUCUCAUUGAAACGAAGCGGCCGACGUUCUGGAGCAAGUUUGGCAAAGCCUUCCAGGGUGGCAAAGAGAAGAAGGAAAAGCGGCCCAAGAAUGCCAUCUUUGGCGUUCCUUUGGAACAGCUCAUCGAGCGUGAUUACGAAGAGAGCACAGACGGCGUCGGGCCGGGGUCCCUGAAAAUCCCAUCGCUCGUCCAAGAAUGCGUGGCAGCGAUGAGGACCAUGGACAUGUCUGUUGAAGGCGUCUUCAGAAAGAAUGGCAACAUCAAGCGUCUCAAUGACGUCAAGGAGGAAAUCGACAGCAAAGGCGUCGUGGACGUCGAUCUCACCAGGGAGAAUCCUGUGCAGGUUGCCGCGUUGCUGAAAAAGUUCCUCCGCGAGCUCCCCGACCCAUUAUUAACGCACAAGCUGCACAACCUCUGGAUCACCUCACAGCAGAUCGAUAAUAGUGAGCGAAGACGACGGGUGUUGCAUCUCACCUGCUGCUUGCUUCCCAAGUCUCACAGAGACACCAUGGAGGUGCUCUUUACUUUCAUGAACUGGGUGUCCAGUUUCAGUCAUGUCGACGAGGAAAGUGGGAGCAAGAUGGACAUUCAUAACCUUGCGACUGUCAUUACGCCCAACAUACUGCAUCGCGGAAAGGAUCACGUCCCAGUGGACGACAGCUUCCUGGCCAUUGAAGCGGUACACAGCCUGAUCGAGUGCAAUGAGAGCAUGUGCGAGGUAAGUCUCAGAAUGGAAGCGCAUCUGUCGAGAGAAAUAGCGCUAAUGUCCGUGCAGGUUCCUGAAGAUCUCGCAAUGAUCCUCAACGACUCGUCGCUCUUCAGCAACAGUGCUGAUAUGACAACAAAGGAGAUUCUGAAGCGGUACGGAGACCGGGCCAAGGCUCCCACGGUCAACAGUGCGCAAGGCACCUCCGUGGCCACCAACAACACGACAUCGCCGCCAGCUUCAGCAGCAGCUGUCACGCGAGUUGACACGGAUCCACACCAGGCGACAGCAUGGCAGAACGAGAGUUCUGUCCGGCAUGUUGGAAGCGACGCCAUGACACCGCCGACAUUACCGUAUGUGAACCCCAGCGCGAGCUCCGAGUCACACGGAAGCCCCAAUCGUGGUAGCAUGCGGCACGACAAACAACAGCGUGCAAUGGGCAUGGCAUGA